AUGGGCCAUCAAUGCUGCAGCAAACAGAAAGUCAAGAGAGGGUUAUGGUCUCCGGAAGAAGACGAGAAGCUAAUAAAAUAUAUAACCACCCAUGGCCAUGGUUCUUGGAGUUCUGUUCCAAAGCUAGCAGGGUUGCAACGGUGUGGAAAGAGUUGUAGAUUGAGAUGGAUAAACUACUUGAGACCAGAUCUCAAAAGAGGUUCAUUUACUGCACAAGAAGAGAGGACAAUCGUUGAUGUUCACAGAGUGCUAGGCAACAGAUGGGCUCAAAUAGUUAAGCAUUUACCUGGUAGAACUGACAAUGAGGUCAAGAACUUCUGGAAUUCAUGCAUAAAAAAGAAGCUUAUUGCGCAAGGGUUAGAUCCAAACACUCACAAUCUCCUCUCCACUAAUUAUAAGCAUAACUACAACAGCAGUGCAUGCAAACUUUCUGAUCAUUCCCUUCAACAACCCACCUCAACUUUCACAGCGAAUUCACAAAUUUAUGAUAUUUCAACGGAAAUGAAAGCACCCCUUACUCCAUUCCCUACGAUUCCUCCAGCUCCUGAUGCUAAUCCUUACUAUCCUCCCUUAGUGCACGAAUUCUCAUCCAUAUUAACAGGUGAAUACCCAAACCCUAAUACACAAGCUUUCUUGGAGUGUACUGCAAGCCAAUCUUCAAUCGGAAGUGUCCCUAUAUCCUCCUCUACUUCACAUCCUUCUGAGUUUGGCAUGUCAGAUGAGAGCUUCAUUUGGGCUGGUGGCUAUGAACCCAUUCAAUCCAUAUUACCUGAAAAAAAGCAGCCAGAACAGCAAGUACUGGAAACUGAGAACACCAACGAGUUAAUAAGUGUUGGGCAGAAUAUGGAUGCUUCAUUUGAAACUACUAACUUGGGUUUUGAUUUUGUGGAGUCUACUCUAUUGCCUUGUGGGAUGUACUAUAAUCCGAAUCCCAUGGAUCAACUUGCAUGGGAUUCAGGGUUCUUGCAAGAGAAAAAGUGA